UCUACAAAUAGAAGCAUUUUUGUCGCGCAAGCGCAGUUGCGUUUGGUGAGGGUACCUGGCAGCACUGGUAUGGGGUCCAGUUCAGUUUACCGCGUUCUCUUUGACGCCUCUGACAGACAAAAGCGUUGUCGCGCUCGAAUCGGGCCGCCAACGAUAGAACGUGUCACAUAUCGCGAGAAACAAGUUUUCCGAGCCUUGUCCGCAAGGACGACUGUGCACUUUCGUGCCAUCGACGGUGUCGAGCUCGUGGAUCCUCGUCUCACUUUUCUGGGGUCAGUGCCUGCUCGAUCGGAUCCGGAGCAGGAGCUCCGGUUUUUAAAAGUCAAGACUCAACAACUCAUUGCACUAUCUACAAGUUUAUUUCCAAUUAAUUUCACUCGAUUCAUCUCGAGCUCGCCAAAACGGUUGCUUUAAACUUUAAAGUCAUGCGAGCCAAAUUCAAAUGAAACAAUCAGUGAGAUCUUCAAUUUUAAAAAGUGAUUUAUUCAAACUUAAAACUAAACUUGAAAGUAAACUUAAAAGUACCAAAAAUCGCAUGUGAAUAAAAGGUCGUGAACAAUAGUGACAGUUUUCUUCUGACACCUAUAAAAAUCUUCCCAUCUUCCCAUCUUCAAAUCUUUAUUAUCGAAAGUUUUUCUUAAACUCUUUCUUAUCCAUUGAUUGGUCAAUGGUUAAUUAUGACUCUUGUCCCUAACGUUCAAUCUCACCUACUUUAACUUCUCUUCCACUAGACUGAAAAAGGAUGCGUAAUUGUCGUGUGUGAUAGCGAUAAGAAGCUACGACUCAAGAAAACAAAGAAGAAACAUUCCCUCAUUUUUUUAGUGUUCGCCAAAGUGUCAUGCAGUGUCAUUUUUUGAUAGUCUGUUGAAGAGCAAAGAGUAACAACAUUCCUCGGUAUUCCAAGGCCUUAAAAUCAUUCCAAGGUACAUGCAUAGUUCACUGUUCUCAAUGAGAAAAUAUAUGUUUUAUAGUCGCUUUAAGAUCAAAGUUAAAGUUAUAAUAUGGAUGCGCUCAUUACCCAUUAAUGGAUAAUGGAAUGCAGAGAGAAGAGUCGACAUCGGUCGCGGUUUCCCGACGGUGUUUUUCGAGUUCAUCUCAGUGGUGCCAGUCUUUCCUGAAGUCGCAGGAUAUUUCGGAGUCCUCGAUAAUUGUUGGGUGCGGCAGAGCUGCCAGAGUGGCGAUGCGACGAUGAGCCCGUCGAAGGAGGGGCAACGCGUCAUCCGACAACCCCCUGAAGAAGUUUGUCCCGCAAGCAGGGCAGAUUCCUCUGAAUCGGGCAAGCCAAAACGUGCGACCUCGAUCGACCGACUAAUUCUUCUUUGUGGCCAUGGAUCACGAGACCAGGAACGGCACUGGCAGCAGCGACGGCGACGAGGAAUGCAUCAUUCAUUUUAUCAUUGGAAACCGCAAAGAAAUUGCCAGUUUCCGACCUGACCAAGUCACCAAUAAAGAAAUCAAAGAUCUUUUUAGAAAUGCAGCAGAGGCUGGACCUCUUGACAUUGUGAAACUUCGAAAAGGGGAAAAAAUCUUAAACAUUUCUCCACAACUGCCGGCGAACACAUCAGAAGAUCCCUACAUCCUGCAGGUAACGAUGCAGGAUGUGUCUUCUUCCACUACUUUCAAGGUUGUGGGAGCUCAUCCUAGUACUUCCGGAAUGAUUGACAUAGAUGUGUGCUCUUUGGAAAGGCGAGUGUCAGUCUUGGAGCAAGAACAUCGAGAAGCGGCCUCGUCGAGAGCAUGUAUCACGCUUAGUGAACUUCAAGCACAAGUCAAUGCCAUAAAGCAAAAGUUGGAAACAAUUGAGCAUCUCAGUUGGUUAGGCUUCCACAAGCAACUUCCGGAACCCAUUUCAUCGGAAGCAUGUCGCAGAUUGCAAUACCGACGUAAAAGUGAUAGCGUGAAACGUAAAGUACGAGAAAAAUUCUUCAACAUGUGUGACGUAGCACUUUCAUCAAAUGUUCGAGAAUGGUUGAGAUCACCAUCGUUUGACGCCCAACAAUGGGAGGAUGAAGAAUUACUUUUGAUGUUGCAAACAAUGUUCGUGGAACUGGAAAUACUUGAAAAAUUCAGUAUCUCGUUGACCACUUUGAGAAAUUUUCUCUAUGAGGUAUACAAUAAUUAUAAUGAGGUACCUUUCCACAACUUCAGGCAUUGUUUUUGCGUUGCACAGAUGAUGUACGCAAUCGCGUGGGCGGUGGACUUGCCAUCGAAGAUCGGUCACCUCGAGGUUUUGGUUCUGAUCGUAUCGAGCAUUUGUCACGACCUCGACCAUCCCGGCUACAAUAAUAUCUACCAGAUAAAUGCUCGCACCGAGUUGGCAUUGCGUUACAACGACAUCUCGCCCCUAGAGAAUCACCAUUGCUCGGUGGCCUUUCGCGUCCUCGAAGCUAUGGAAUGCAACAUCCUGGCGUCCUUGGACCCAACGACCUACAGAACCGUAAGGGAAGGUAUCAUAAGGUGCAUCCUCGCGACUGACAUGGCCAGGCACAACGAGAUCCUCGGGCAAUUUACCGAUGUCAUACUGGAAUUCGAUUACACGAACAAAGCGCACAUCAAUUUGCUCUCAAUGGUUCUAAUAAAAGUUGCGGACAUUAGCAACGAGGCGCGACCAAUGGAGGUGGCUGAGCCCUGGCUCGACAGUUUACUCCAGGAAUUCUUCAAACAAAGUGAUGCAGAAAAACUGGAAGGACUUCCGGUGACACCAUUUAUGGACCGUGAUAAAGUAACGAAGCCUUCGUCGCAAUGCAGUUUUAUCGGAUUGGUUCUUCUUCCACUUUUUGAAGCGCUUGGGGAACUUUUUCCGGAACUUCAGGAUCUCAUACUAUCUCCGGUACGAUACGCCCUCGAGUAUUACCGUCGUCUUAAUGAAGCAGCGAAAGACGAGCGGCAUCAUCGCAAAAGCGUCGUUGAUCUCGGAGAACACGUACCGUCGGCUACUUCCGGCGGAAAUUCUAGUUGCUCCUCGGUUGUGAAAUCAACGUCUUCUCACAGUGUUCGUUCAAAACGGUCAGGCGGCAUAAUUCACUCUCGCUCGAGAUCAACCGACGAGGACGGAAUGGAAAAUCUUACAAUCGAAGAGGCAGAUAAUCUCGAAAGUUCAGAUCCGGAAACCGCGACGGAAGUUGAGGUCAGUGAGAAGACUUUAAAAUUCAAAAUAUCAACCGAGGGCUCGAUGUCGGCUUCCUCGGUUGGGAGGAAAAGUUGUCCGGGAAGUCGAAAGGGAAGUAGGGAGAAGUCUUCCCUGGAUUACCAUAAUCACGAGUUUGCCAAAGCAAUGAGGGAGCACGAUCGACGGAGAAGUAAAGGAGACAAUUUGAGCAGCGAUUUGAGCUCGCCAAUCAGCGUCAAGUCGGGCGACGACUUGCGAAUCCUCGAGGAGUUCGAGAGAGACGAGACGAUGCUGAUUGAAUCGAUGAGUCCCAAGAGGGGGUCCGAGGGGAAUGGAAGCGUCGCUGCGGAGUCCGUCCCGCAGAAGAAUAAUGUAAAUAAGCGAUCGAUCAGCAUGGGAGGCGACUCUGACAUGGGAACAAAUCACAAGGAAGUGAUGAAGGAGGUUCGCUGCUGCCGCUGCGAGGACAAGUCGAGCUCGAAUAACCAAAAGUCGUUGAUGGCAAAAUUGAGGAAUCUCACUGAUCGUUUGAGCAUCAGUUUCGACACGAAGGAGCCUCCCAUCUCCAAGCCGGCCAAGCACGCCACCAAGAGUUUGAACAAGAGCAAUUCGCUGAGCAGUGGCUCGUCCUCGACAAUGAGAUGCAACAAUAGCAAUGUAGUUUGUAAGAAGUGCAAUCUGACCAAAGCCAUCAAGGAAGGCAGGGAGACGAUAGUGGACCUCUCGACUGGUGAUAAGAAAUCAAUGACCUUCCCGAAAGCGAGAAAAUUUCAAGACUGCAGGAGCAAGAGCUGGAAGACUGUCUUUGCCAAGGAGAAGAGACCUUCUAUAUCCUUAGAAAUUUUACCGGCAAGUAAUAUAGAGUCAGUUGCACCAAAACACAGAAGGAACCUCUCCAACCCCGAAGGUAAAAGCGCUCCAACGAAAAGCCAAAGUUCCAAUAAAGAAAAAGAGCGCAAUAGGAAUUUUCGAGAGUUCAAGGAGAUCGACGUCAGACCGAAGAAGCCCGAAAUCCUUGUAGAUCCAGUCAAUCCUGGCAGUUCCAGUGCCGUUGAUCAAGAUUUAGGUAAAGUUGAAAUUAGACGGAGUUCCGCGAGUAUGGAGGACAUAUCAAAAAUUACGAAACAGAGUGAAGCUGGAAUUUUGAAUUUAUUGGAGAAAAAGAACAUAGAGGACAAGCAGCACACGGGCAGUCUUGACUCCAUGUUCUGCAAGGACUCAAUCACAGCUUCCGUCAAGAAGCCCACCGCUUUCUCUUCUCCAGCGUCAGCAAAGAAAUCAUCUCCAGGAUUGUUUUCCCGCUUCAAAUCCGGAAUGAGUAUCGACGGCACAAGAAGCAGCAGCAACAGUGGCUCGCUUCACGAUCAGCCGUCGCAACAAAGCGGAUGGAUCUCUUCAUUAACUGCCAGCUUUCGCCCCAAAAGGCAUAUCAAUGAACCAACCACGUCUUCUCAUCCUGCCCUUUCUCCUAGCAAUGAAUAAGUUUCAAGUCUUCGACUACGUCUCCUUCCUUUCCAAGUGUUAUUUUUAUUCAAACAAUGUCUUCCAAAAUCGUCUUCUCUAUUUUAUGCUUUUGAUAUCAAAAAUAUUUUAGACUUGAUAUAUUUCUUAAAAGCUGUAUUAAAAAACAAUAUCAUUCGGCUUUAUAAACCACAUUUUUAAUUCAAGAAUUUCCCGAAUAUAAGUAUUCGCCAAAUGGGGAAAUUCAAUAUCUUAGAAACUCUCGUACACACUAUUGUAAAAUCUCUUAUUGCAAAUUCUCAUCGACAUAUUCUUUUCUUCAUAUUAUAUAUCAAAUUAGCUAUAGAAUACUAUCCUGUGAUAUUCCAGGACCUAAAUGAAAAUACUUUUAAAACACUUUAAAACUGUUUUCGAGUUUCAUUUUAUUAUGGAGAAAAAUGAAAUUAUAAAAAGUAAAAACGAUAUAAUCAAAGGAGACUUUCCAUCCGAUUAAGUUCCAAGAACUUGCGGUGGAUUAUCAAUGCAUUUCGCUUAGAAGGAGGAACAAAAGAAAUGAAUUUAUUAGGUAUGUACUUCUGUGACUAUAGACUCGAAUAGCUAGAAUUGAUUAAGUUUGUAGAAUAUUUUAUUUAUUGUAAAAAAAUCUAGUUUGUAGCUUGAACGAAUAAUAAUUAUUAAUGUUGUACGUUCUAUGAGUAUGUAUGUAUAUGGAUAUGUGUGCAAUAUAUUCAUGUACAUAUGUAAGCGUAAACAGCGUAAACACACCUCCAAAUCGUUUAUUAGAACUUAGGUAUAGUUAGGAAAAGCUUAUUUGUAGUAGAGCUGCCCAAAAAUCCCAAAAAUGUAAUGAUUUUCAAUGUUGAGUGCAAAAAGCAUUCUAUGUCGAGACGGCCAUUUGUAAUUUAGCUUCUUGAAACUAUUAACUAAAAGAAAUCAUUUUUCUAUUACACUAUAUUAAAGUUUCUACUGGAUCUUGAGAAUUAUUUUCGACUUCUGUUCUUGAAACAAUCGCUCUUUUUGAAAUAAUGUUUCUUUUCAUUACUUGUGAUAAAUGAACUAAAUACCACAUCAAAUUAAUUACAUCUGCUUUUAAACACAGAGAAAAAUAUACAGUAACUUUUAUUAUUUACAAAGUAAAACUCAAACUGACUCUAAAAUUUGCGCAUUUCUUGCAACUUUUACUAUUUUCGGAGAAAAUGUUGACCGAAGUAAAUUUUACUAAUUGAAUACAAAAAUCUACUUCGAACGUAGCAAAAUUUACUCUAAAAAUAGUAAAAGUUGACAAAAAUGCGCAAAAAUUUUUGCUACUUUAAUAAAAAAAUUUCUUCAAUGAUCGUUAAUUUAAAAAUCAACUAUUUUAAGGGUUGAACAUGUUUUCGACGUAAUGGUCAGCUUGAUAUGGGAUGCGACGCGUUUUUUUUUUUUAUAGAAUUCUAUAUUAAUGAGGGCUGUUAGGAUGACUGGUGCCGAAAAAAAUAGAAAAAGAGAGAGAUAUAUUGCGGAUAAAAGAUAUGAGUUUAAUUGUGACGAACGAUUAUGCAGCUAGAGAAAUGUUAUGAAUUCUGUGAGAGCAAUCAAUAUAAUCAAAUAAGUUUGGGACCACAUGAAAUUAGUCAUUUAUUGUUAUUGUACUUAUGGUUUAUUUUUCUUUUUUGUUUUCCGAUCAGAAGAUUCCAGAUCGAUCGUUCGUACCAAUUUGCUUCCAUAUUGAAAUUAUGUUCUAUAUGCAAUAUUAUGCUUUUUUACCUACUCUAGUCUUACGUUAUUACUGUCGUCCCAAUUUGCUUUGGGCAUUUUGUUUUGUUCUUGUGCGAUUUGUUUACUUUAUUUUUCACUUUAUUUUUCCAAUUGAUAAAUUAAGUGAAAACUGAUGUGAUUGAAAAAUUUUUGAAAACUCGUUUUCAAUAAAUCCGAUGAAUUAUUGUCGUGACAAUCGGCAUCGACUAUAGCUUAGAAUUUGAAAAUUAACAAUAAACUCUCGACCAUCUAUCUAUAAACGUUAUACAAACUAUAUUUGUGCCUGAUUUUUUAUUUAUAUUUAUUUAACUGUUUUUAAAAGAUUUUCUGGGAGCAAAAUUUGGCCUGAAUGUCAUGUUUCUAGUUAAAUUGGUGGGCCAAAUUGAAACUGCUUUGAUGUCAUAAAAUGAAUUAUUCGUUGAUUAUUGUUAAAUGUCGGUCAAUUAAAACAUAGUAGUUAAAUCGUUGUCAACUAUUAUCUGUACAGUAACUGAAUAUAAUACGUAGUACAGAGUAUCUUGAUUUUCAUCUUCGUUUCCAUUUUUGAACUCGCGCCUCUCGUACGUUUAGGAUAAGAAUAUUGACUCGAACUCUUAAAUGAAGAAUCGUAAUUAUGUGCAUAAUAUACAAAACUGGUUUUACCUGAUGUAUAUGAAAGAAGUAAAAAAAUUCUACGCUCGCUGGCGAGUGUUAUCGUUAUUAUACAUAUGUUGUAACAUAAUUGUUCAGUGUUGCCAAUAGUUUCUUUAUUUAAAAAAUUUCAGUUUAUAACCUUCCGUAAAUUUAAUUUACCUUCAACUUUGUUACAUUGCAAUUUAAUAAAAUAUGUACAAUUAAACUCCAAUAUAUUAUUUACCUGCGAUCACAAGAGCAUUUUAAAUUCAUUUGUUUAUUUCUGAAAAGAAUUUAUCUCUCAGAUAAAAGUCAAGUACUCAACAGCAGUCUUAUUAUUAUUAUUAUUAUUAUUAUUAAAACAAAGAAUCUAAUUUAUUGAUAUAUUUUUGUAUUACACAACUUUGUAAUAGAAAUUAAAAAGCGAAUUGAUGAAUUUAUUUAUUGCAAGCUUUUUUUUAUCGAAUUUAGUGAUUAAGUUUUAAUGUUUAUUUCGAGGAGGUUUUAAAUAAAUCAAAAUAUUUUGUCAGCACUGAACGGAAAAUUUUCAAAAGAUACCUACCGUUGAUUUGAUUCUAAGGUGUCGUAAUAUAAUAAUAUAUUAUAGAAAACUAGGUUUAAGAUUCUAAAUUUAAACAAUAGAUUCAACCGUAUGAAAACAGCCACGAUCAAGUAGUCUUUUGUAAAUGAAAUAAUAAACGUAUACGUCAA